AUGCAGAGUUUGGGGGGUGCAUUGGCUCGGUUUGCACUUCGCCCUUCAAUGGCACAUCGAUCAUUAGUGCUCAACAAAAUGGUACAACCACAACGUUUCUGCUCAACAAACGUCAUCUUCAACGUCGAAACUGUCGAGGACUUCACUGAAAAGGUCGUCAAUUCACCGCAACCUGUCAUAGUUGAUUUUCACGCUGACUGGUGUGGCCCCUGCAGAACGCUUGGUCCUCGACUUGAGGAAAAGGUCGGUUUUUGUACUGUUUGGCGCUUGUUUUCUUUCACUCUUCAGCAGUUUCUAAUCAAUAUGGUCCUGUUGGAUACUUAUGCACGUAGUAUCUUAAAAAGCGAAAGGCUGACGGUUGAAAGUUGUAUCGAUUGGUGGUUCAGUUCGCUGACUGAACUUUUAUGCGAACAUUCUUCAUGUCCUUCUCUUGGAACCUUUCUUGAGACCUGGCAAUAA